AUGGAUAUUUUGCAUGCUGAACGGGAGCAGGAUGACAACAAUGACAACCAGGUAGCUGAUGACAAUGUUGAUGAGGAUGAGCAACCCAAUAACAUGCCUUUCAAUGUGUCCGAAUUUCCUUGGCAGCUGGCAGCUGGAGAUGGGCAUGUUCAGGAGCACAUUCAUACUGCCCUGUUGUUAAGACCAUGCACAAAGGGUAGGACUGAUUCCGAGGGGCUUGGCUUCAGCUCGUGCGCUGCGCCCCUUACCCGAGGAUCUGCACGGGUACGGGUAACCCGCGCGGGUCACAGGUAUGGGUACUACUGGGGUACGGGUAUGGGUCGGGAUUCUAAGACCCGUGCUCUUACCCGUACCCCAGCUAUACCCGUGCCUUCCAUAAACACCAUACUUCCCACAUGCACACUACAACCGGCACCACCACCAAGCACUCAGACUUCCUGCCGGCAACGCAUCAGCUCUCGUUUUUCGCGUCAAAACUCAAAGGUCCCAUGCUCGUUUGGUAUCAGGACUUACCACAUCCCAGACGACACGACUGGCCCACCCUGCAAGCUGCCGGCCAGACGCAGAACUCGCACCCGCCACCACAUCGCUACCAACACCUUCGCAUUCGGCGGUACUCGCCGUAUCCCCCACGCCACCAAGCACCAUCCAGCACCUACGCGACGCGCUGACUUGCCAGCAUCGAGUGUACAUGCUCAGACCACGCCAGCGAAUGCUGGCGUGGCUCGAACGCACAUGGAAGACACCAGGAUGAAGAGAGGAGGAAAAGAGGAGGAACGAGAGGAGGAAGGAAGGAUCUUGUCAGUAAGUCGCCAUCCUGACUCUGCCCCCAUUUUCUGCAAUGAGGAUGCGACACCCGACAUGUCACACUCUCGCACCACCACACCACCAUCUCCCAUUUCGACAUGCUCACCUUCGACUUUGAUCGUAUGCGACACACCACCUGCCACGACAUCAGCGUCUAUUUCGACGUGUCCGUCAUUCGCGCCCAAUGUUGCCUACCUUUCUUUCAACCCUAUUGGUCGCAUGGUGUAUAUCGGAAUGCACCUACAGGAGCAACUAUGGCUAGCUGUAGUUCCUACAACAUUUUUCGAACCAAACCAUCCUGAUAAUGCCAGAGCAGCAUACCCAGCACUGAAUGCACCCAGCACUGCCCUGACUCAGCAUCAUGCAUUGAUGAUUGUUAUGUUCAUCACCCAUGCAUUUACUGAGAUGCUCCUCCAAGACAUCCACUGCCGAGAGUGCUAUCCGGUCCCUCUCACUCAUGCCGCUGUCAAGGAAUCAACAGCCCUCCCCCUUACAAAUAACCUGGCUACAUAA